UUGCUACCAUUUAAAAUCAGACUCUUUUUGUCUUUUGAUUGCUGUCUCGCGACCCAACUCCGAUGUGUUCCGUUAUCAGCGGCCGGCAGCCUGCCAUUCCAAGCCCUGUCUGGGUGGGGAGCGGUGGAGAGUCCUCCGCAGCAGCGGCGGGCAAGGUUAUAUAGCAAGAGAAAGCGCGAGGCAGCCAGCGAGCGAGCGAGCGAGAGGGCGAGCCGGAGCGAGGAAGGGAGAGCGCAAGAGAGAGCGCACAGGCACACACCCGCCGCGCGCACUCGCGCACGGACCCGCUCGGGGACAGCUCGGAAGUCAUCAGUUCCAUGGGCGAGAUGCUGCUGCUGGCGAGAUGUCUGCUGCUAGUCCUCGUCUCCUCGCUGCUGGUGUGCUCCGGGCUGGCGUGCGGACCCGGCAGGGGGUUCGGAAAGAGGCGGCACCCCAAAAAGCUGACCCCAUUAGCCUACAAGCAGUUUAUCCCCAAUGUGGCCGAGAAGACCCUAGGCGCCAGCGGAAGGUAUGAAGGGAAGAUCUCCAGAAACUCGGAGCGAUUUAAGGAACUCACCCCCAAUUACAACCCCGACAUCAUAUUUAAGGAUGAAGAAAACACCGGAGCCGACAGGCUGAUGACUCAGAGGUGUAAGGACAAGUUGAACGCCUUGGCCAUCUCGGUGAUGAACCAGUGGCCAGGAGUGAAACUGCGGGUGACCGAGGGCUGGGACGAGGAUGGCCACCACUCAGAGGAGUCUCUGCACUACGAGGGCCGCGCAGUGGACAUUACCACGUCCGACCGCGACCGCAGCAAGUACGGCAUGCUGGCCCGCCUGGCGGUGGAGGCCGGCUUCGACUGGGUGUACUACGAGUCCAAGGCGCACAUCCACUGCUCGGUGAAAGCAGAGAACUCGGUGGCGGCCAAAUCGGGGGGCUGCUUCCCGGGCUCGGCCACGGUGCACCUGGAGCAGGGCGGCACCAAGCUGGUGAAGGACCUCCGCCCCGGGGACCGCGUGCUGGCGGCGGACGACCAGGGCCGGCUGCUCUACAGCGACUUCCUCACUUUCCUGGACCGCGACGACGGCGCCAAGAAGGUCUUCUACGUGAUCGAGACGCGGGAGCCGCGCGAGCGCCUGCUGCUCACCGCCGCGCACCUGCUCUUCGUGGCGCCUCACAAUGACUCGGCCACCUGGGAGCCCGAGUCGUCCUCAGGCGCGGGGCCACCUCCCGGGGACGCGCCGGGGCGCCGGGCGCUGUUUGCCAGCCGCGUGCGCCCGGGCCAGCGCGUGUACGUGGUGGCCGAGCGCGAUGGGGACCGCCAGCUCCUGCCCGCCGCCGUGCACAGCGUGACGCUGCGCGAGGAGGCCGCUGGCGCCUACGCGCCGCUCACGGCCCAGGGCACCAUCCUCAUCAACCGGGUGCUGGCCUCGUGCUACGCGGUCAUCGAGGAGCACGGCUGGGCGCACCGGGCCUUCGCGCCCUUCCGCCUGGCGCACGCGCUCCUGGCUGCCCUGGCGCCCGAGCGCACGGACCGCGGCGGAGACGGCGGCGGCGGGGACGGCGGGGACGGCGGGGGCGGCGGCCGAGUUCCCCAGCCCGCGCCAGGUGCGGCCGACGAUCCGGGCGCGGGGGCCACCGCGGGCAUCCACUGGUACUCGCAGCUGCUCUACCAAAUAGGCACGUGGCUCCUGGACAGCGAGGCCCUGCACCCCCUGGGCAUGGCGGCCAAAUCCAGCUGAAGCCCGGGGCCCGGGGAGGGGCGCGGGAGGGGGCGGGGCGGGGCAGCAACAGCAACAGCAACGCAAAGCAAAAAGACACUCGGAAAAGGCGCACGAACCAGACUGAGUUAUAAUAAUAAUAAAGUAGGACAGUCCAAAGUAGACGCUAAGGAAACAAGGACCCCGGGAAGUUUUGUUGUUGUGUUUAGUUUAUAUAUUUUUUAAAUUUUUGGUUAUUGUUUUAUUUUGGUUAUUUUUUCCUCCUCUCCUGGCUAUUUAUUUGUUUGGUAUGAAUAGAUGUUUUAAAUAAUAUGAACCGGACCUUCAAGAGCCUUAAAUAGUUUGUUUCUUGGAUAAUUUAUUAUUGUCAUGUGAACUGUACUCACAGGGGGAGAGAUUAUUUUGUGAGGCCAAGCAACCUGCUCAGAGUCUAUUUUUCUACACGUCCCUCGCCCCGGCCGUCAGAAAGCUAACUUCCGUCCUCGCCAUCCCUCCUUCCAUCUGCUUUCAGCAAGUGCAAACUCAAACGUGCUUCAUGGGGGUCCACAAAUUAUAUUUUUAUACACAGAAUUGUAAAUUAGAUUUUUUGAGAGAUCAAUACUUAACUGAAUGACAUUUCAUUUUUGAAAUAGUGUAAAAUAUGAAAAUAUAUUAUUUUAAUUUAACUAGCUUCCGAUGUAACAGCCACCUCCUCUGUUGUCUCUAUGGUUUCAUAUCCCCUUUGUAUUCACCAUUUUGCCACAUUCUUGGAAGCCAAGACUGUUACACACACAACAUACACACACACUUUUUUUUUGGACAAACUGGAAGAACUCUGUUAUUUUUAACUUCAAAGAAUUUAUUAGAAAAUAAUAUUUUUUAAAAGCGCACAUAGUGUUGAGCCCACGAGGAUGGAGCCUGCAGUUUGUACAGAGAAAAACAAAGGAUGUUUUUGCAUUAAUAAAUUGAGAAAUAACUGCUGUAAAUUUACUAAAAUGUAUUUUUGAAUAUUUUGUAAUAGUUUUAUAGAAAUAAAAUGUGCCAUGCACAGACCGCUUAGUAUCUAAUAAUUAAGAACUCCUGUUGCAGCCCUUUUUCUUUUCUUUUUUGGCUUCUUUGUUUGGGAAACCUAGCGCUGACUGGCGCUCCCAAUGUUCUAUUUAGGUGUGUUGCUUAUACUGUGAAUUCAGACUGGCUGUCUUAGGUAACCAAAGUAGGCACACAAAUCAACUUGUUUCUUCUCAUGGCUGGAGAAACCUCAGCUCUGCUUGUAUUUGUUGUGUGAAGCUCUUCCUACACUCCCAAAGGUUAGGGGUGCCAUCCGUGGGGACUGCUGUCCCCCUCACCCCACCCCUUAACUAGCAAAGCCCAAUGUGUAAGCCCAGAGGACCUGCUCCUGGGGCUCCUGCAUGUGGUUGCUGGGCAGAGCCCUGGACUGACCCUGUUGGUGCCGUCUCGGAUCUGUAGAGAGGAGGCUCAUUGUUGCUUUCUGAGGUCCUGUUGUGCCCUUUCCAGAAAGAGUCCCUAGAAUUGAGGACCAGAUUUGAUCUCUGAAGCACCUGUCCUCUUUUCUUGAGGGUCCCCUUAAAUCCGAGUGGCAAGCCCACAGUGGUGUGGGCCAGUGGCUAGAAUGGUGGGGCUGCUGCUGAGGCCCUCAGCUAUGCUGGUUGUCUGUCGGACGAGGUCAGGCGUAAGCUUUGAGCCCUUUUGAGUGGGCAUGCUGCUGUGGGCGCUGGGUUGGGGAAGGUCCUUCCAUGCUUCCUGCCACCUUGGAGGUUUGGCUGAGAGGGUCUCUGCCCUUGGCUGUUGUCCAGGUCCUCAGUGGGGGACUCCUGCCAGUUCUUUGGCUUACUGAAGGUGUCUGUCAUGCUUUGUGCUUUGGGCCGAAGUAUCUGAGCAGGCUGGGCUUUGGAAGGGUGGAGCUGCGUGAGUCAGGGGCCUCUAACAGAUGGAGCCUGUGGGGAAGGUGGUCCAGGUUUAGGCGGGCAGGGGUGAACAGACCAGCCCCACCUGGCAGGGGCUGGUUCCCAAGGCUGGGCCCCAUCCCUGAGGAGCUGCUCUGCAGAGGGUCUGGCCUUGAGUGGCCUUCCCAAAAGGCUGCAUGCCCAGGUGGAUGGCUCAGGGCCUCUGCCAGCCUCCCCAGGGCCAGGCCUUCUGCGUAGGAGCAGUCCUCAGCCUUUUUCCGUAAAAGACUUUUCUUUGGUCUCCUAGGUGGUCAGCAGGUUCCAGGCUGGUGUUUACAGUCUCUCAGGGGGUGGGGGGAGUGUGUCCAUUCUUUUGACAGUUCAGUCUGAUUCCAAGUCAGUCCAAAGUGAGCCAGAAGCACUGGGCGCAGCAGCUUCUGGCUGUGUUGACAGACCUGCCUACUUGGCCAAGCAGCACCAUCGGACAGAGGGAACUCGGGCGUUGACCAAGCCCCAAGGUGCUCAGGCCAUGGCACAGCUCUGCUGGUGACCAGGGCACCUUGGAGCAGAGCUUCACCCAGAUGGGAAAUCCAGACUUCUGGGUGGCACUCCAUCCUGACAGGCCCGGUGGCAGAGUCUCCGAGCGGCUGGGUGCUGUUCCCAGCCCUCCUGGUCCAUCUUCUUAAGACCCAUCCACUGCUUUAUAUUUAAAAUUCUCUUUUUCGCAGGCAAGGAAAGGAAACCGCUGCUUAGAGAAACUAGGUACAGGGCCCAGCCCCGCCAGGACUCGGUGCCAACUUCUCAUUCAGGGUUGAUGAGCCAAGAGUUGGUGCAAAAUGUGCGCAUGGUGGUUGCUGCCAGCCUCCCUCAUGACUAAAUGCAUAUCUAUUCCUGUCAAAACGUGUAUCAGAAUGUACUUGAAACUGUUAUCUUUGUGCUCUAUUGUUUGAAUAAUUAAAGAAAUUACAGAG